AUGAAUGGAAUCCAAAUCGCAUCAUGGAAUAGCACUAGCAACGUAUCAAAUAAAUCAUGGAAUAUGAGAAAUGAAUAUCAUCUCAUUAAUACUGCUGAAACUGUUAUUCUCCCUUCUUUUAUUGGAAUCAUCUGUUCUACUGGAUUAGUGGGAAAUAUCUUAGUAUUGGUCACUAUUAUAAGAUCUAGAAGAAAAACAAUACCUGACAUCUACAUCUGUAAUCUGGCUGUGGCAGAUCUUGUUCACAUCAUUGGAAUGCCAUUUCUAAUUCAUCAGUGGGCUCGAGGAGGAGAAUGGGUGUUCGGAAGUCCUCUUUGUACUAUAAUUACAUCUUUGGAUACCUGCAACCAAUUUGCUUGCACCGCCAUUAUGACAGCAAUGAGCUUAGACAGAUAUAUGGCUCUUGUCCAACCUUUUCGUCUUACAAGUUUGAGGACAAUUUCAAAAACGAUCCGUGUUAACAUACUUCUGUGGGCAGCAUCUUUUGUAGUUGUGUUUCCUGUCUGGGUCUAUUCCAAGGUUAUUCAGUUCAAAGAUGGGUUGGAAAGUUGUGCGUUUGAUCUUACAACACCAAGUGAUGUUCUCUGGUACACGCUGUACUUGACAAUCACAACAUUCUUCUUUCCCUUACCACUAAUAGUAGCCUGCUACAUAUUAAUUUUGUGUUACACCUGGGAGAUGUAUCAUCAAAAUAAGACAGCAGGACGCUACAACAACAGCUUACCCAGACAAAGAGUCCUACGACUGACCAAGAUGGUGCUCGUACUGGUGGGAGUUUUCAUUGUCAGCGCAGCACCCUACCAUGUGAUUCAGAUUGUAAACCUUCAGAUCUCUCAGCCCACAAUCAUUUUUUAUGUGAGCUACUAUUGCUCGAUCUGCCUCAGCUAUGCCAGCAGUGGUAUUAAUCCUUUUUUGUAUGUACUUCUUAGUGGAAACUUUCGCAAAAGACUUUCUGAAUGCACAAAAACAAAAAUGAAAAUCUCAGAACGGGAGCUGAACAAUUUUGAUAAUACUUUGAAAUCAAGCUUUUAGGUGUUAUUAUUGAAGUACAUUGUAUUGAAUGUAUUUAUUAUAUUAUUUCUUAAAUGACAUGUCCAACCAAAAUGAAUUACAAUUUACAGCGGUGGGGGGGGGGGGGUUACACUCACCUUUUGAAAGUCCCAAUGUUCUAGCACCCCACUCAUGUCCUUACACAUCAUCACUUCCAGUUCAAUGGGCAUGGGGGCCAAGGAAGCAGAUUGGUGGGCCCCUUUAAAGAAGAGAUGUCACCUCCCAUGACACGUUUGUUUUAGUUACUACUUGAAUUUCCCAUGUAAUAACACAUCUGGCACAUAUUUUCAUAUAACUCUAUAUUGUGAAAUUUCUUUGUUAUUCCUGCAAAAAGUUUUUAGGAAUGAAUUUCCAACUG